CUCACUUUCUAAAGCACUGAGAACUUAUUUCUUUGUUCUGCAACAACAGCAUAUCAUCAUCAUCUUGUUUGUGCACAUGCAGUAAACUGGAACGAAACACGCUGCUUGUCUUGUUGUUGUUCUCGUGUCCUGCUCCUCAGUCCCAGUGAUCACUGGCCUCUGGUGUCCGGACCGGGACGGCUCUGAGGUGGCAGAAGCAGGCUGAGGCAGAAAAUAAAAUCAUUUCUUUUCUAAUCUAACACAGCUCCACAGCUCGAGAUUCGGAAACUCGAACCCGCGACCUCUGUCUGUCUGUGUCUGUCUGUGUCCGAAGCAGCAGCGCUGCCACGUUAGUUACCACGACCGCGUUUCAAGAGCAACUUUCGCGGGGGUCGGAGCGCUGUCGCUGUCGCUGUCGCUGUCCACGGUCCACCACCGUCGUCGAGCGGGGCGCUAGCCUGCUAGCCUACUAGCCUACCCGGCCUCGGCCGCGUUCUCACACAGUUAGUAGGUAGCAGCCCACACACACACACAGUCGCCGGAGCCUGGAGGAGGCCCGACACACAGGGCUGCACAGCUCGUGAGGUCGUAGGCGAUUUCGCGGGCAAAACCGGGCUCGUCCGGGUUCAUUGCGGGGUCCGAGCAUCGCGGCCGUCAGGGAGUUCGGCACAGGCUCACUAAUAGAGCGCAGAGACGACGCGCAGCUGUCGUUUAGCCUGAAGCCGGUCGUUCUCACGUGCAGCACACGGGAACCAAUCGGAGGCAGAGACAAACUGGUCACAGCGCAGGGGAAGUAGUCGAACACAGAGAUCAUGAACGUGAUCGAUGUCAUUUUGUAUUGAACUUGGGACAUCUCCCACGCCGGAGCGACCGUACCUGUCUAGUCGGAUGAGCGGCUAACGAAGGUGAGUGACUGGGCUGUAUAAUAAAGAGGUAAAAACGACCUCAUUCUGAUUCUGAUGCAGCAGUGGAUGGUGGUCGGAGUUUAACGAGGACAACUUUAACAAAUAAAAAACGCGAACAAAAAUCUGUGCUGCUAGAUCUUUACACACAGCGAGAUGUAUGUGUCAUCAAUGUAGCACGUAAAUUACACCAAACACAUAAAUUUAAAUGUGAUCCAUUCUGCAUACCUGGCUUUUUUUUUUUUUAAGCUCGGCAGUCUUAGCUCAGUCAGUCAGUCAGCCAGCCGCUUCAGCAAGGUCACUAUUCAGUCACAGUGCCGUUAAUUAUAUAGACAUGAUUGGAACGCUGCCUUUAUAGUAUUAUCAUUGCACAAACAAGCACGUAAGAGUUGAGGGGACAUACUGACAUCUCGUUCUGACUUCCAACAAGAGCAACAAAGCGAGUAUUAGGAGAUGUACUACAAAUGCCUUGUGCCAUGUUCGGGAAAUGGGUUUCACUUCCGCCGCUCACAUCCAAUAAAAUAAGCCCAUUCCCGACGAGGCAACGGCUCUGACCAAUCAGAAAGUGGGAAGCUGCAGCAGGCGGAGACACGUCAGCGCUCGCGGACUCGCGAUGGUGACGUUUGCUCCGCUGCUGACGGAGCGUCGAGGCGCCUUUUCGGCGUCUUUACUCGAAGUAAGAUGUGAAACUGACUGUCACUUAACGUUGAGAAACGACGAGUGAACUCGGCUGUGUCUCCUGCAGCUGUUACUCUGUUACUUACAGAGAGCAGCAGUGUAAUCGUAGGGUAAUGACGUCACGGGAUCCCUGCACGGAGUGAUGAAUAUCUAUCCACUGGCACCAGGAUCCCCACCCACACCCCCCACCUCCCCCACUCCACAUGUCCCCUCAGCCUCCACCCUAGCAUCCACGUGUCCCUCUCAUACCGUUGCCCAGAGCUCAACCUCCACAAACUCUCCGGCCUCCCCGCCGUCUUCAGCCAACUCCACCCCGCCGGCCAGCCCGCCCGGCCAGUCCCCUAGGCCUGCUGUUCACGUGGGUCGAUCUCGGCUUAAUGCCGCCACUGGCUUCGCGCGGCCAGCAGCGGGCACCGCGUCCUCGCAGUCAUCUCCAGCUGCCCGUGGUGGGGACACGCUGCAUCGCAUGCCGCAGGCUGAGGCAGGGUCCAAGGCCACAGAGGAACUGACCUUUCAGGAGCUGGAAGAGAGGGCUAAGAGUGGAGAGCCCAAAGCUCAGACUGAGAUGGGGAAGUAUUUCCUACGAUUGGCAGAGAGGGGAGACGAGGAACUGAACAACUGCAAUGCAGUCGGCUGGCUGGUUCAGGCAGCCAAACAAGGCCGCAAGGAGGCAGUGAAGCUCCUGCAGAGGUGCCUGGCUGCAAGGAAAGGUAUCACUUCCGAGAACGAGGAGGACGUGAGGAAGCUGGUCACGGAGAGCAGGUUCGAGCGUGCCGUGAGGAAGGCCGCCCUACUCAUGUAUUGGAAGCUGAACCCUGAGAAGAAGAGGAAGGUGGCUGUGUCCGAGCUGCUGGAGAACGUGGGGCAGGUCAACGCGGAUCACGACGGAGCCGCCGCGCCCGGCCCGGUCUCCAGCUCUGUCCAGAAGCAGAGGCGGGUUCUCGAGAGGUUGGUCUCCAGUGAAGCUGGCAAAUAUAUGGCUUUGGAUGAUUUUGUGGAAAUCACCAAGAAAUAUGCACAGGGCAUCCCGCCCUGCUCCAUGAUGGAGGGUGUGAGCACCGAUGAAGAUGAUGACGAUGAGACUGUUGGGAAGAACCCGAAUGACCUGCCCCUGCACCGCAAGGUGCUGAAGUACCCUCUACAUGCGAUCACGGAGAUCAAGGAGCACCUCAUUGACUGGGCAUCGCGAGCAGGCAUGCAGUGGCUCAGCGCCAUCAUCCCCACCCACCAUGUCAAUGCCCUGCUCUUCUUUUUCAUCAUCAGCAACCUCACCAUCGACUUCUUUGCCUUCAUUAUACCUUUGGUCAUCUUUUACCUUUCCUUCAUCUCCAUGGUGAUAUGCACGCUGCGAGUGUUCCAGAACAGCAAGGCAUGGGAGAACUUCAGGGCUCUCACUGCCCUGUUGACUCGUUUUGAACCCAACCUGGAUGUGGAACAGGCUGAGACGAACUUCGGCUGGAACCACCUGGAGCCGUACCUGUAUUUUUUCCUCUCUGUCUUCUUUGUCAUCUUUUCCUUCCCUGUGACAGACAAGGCCUGGAUCCCUUGCUCAGAGCUGGCCACCGUGGCCAUCUUCUUCACCAUCACCAGCUACAUGAGCCUGAACUCAUCAGCACAGGUGUACGCGCGACAGACAUUUGCUGUAGAAGUGGCCUCUGCACUAUGUGCCAUGACCAGCUUCCUUCCAGAGAGGAUGACACUCUUGCGUUUCUUGGGGAAAACGUUCAUUACUGUGCCACUGGGUGACGCCGUGGUCCUGAAACUGAGCAUCCCGUGCCUCCUGUACGCCUACAUGAUCUACUUAUUCUUCAGGAUGGCCCGGUUGCGGGGAUUCCGGGGCACCUACUGCUUCCUGGUGCCCUACCUGGUGUGCUUCAUGUGGUGGGAGUUCUCCGUGAUACUCCUCCAGAACUCGACUGCCAUUGGGCUCAUCCGCAGCUGUGUGGGCUACUUCCUCUUCCUGUUCGCCCUCCCUAUACUUGCCAUGGGCUUGACCAUCAUGCUGCUUAUCCAGGUGGUCCGAUGCUUCCUGGAGAUGGACUUGAUCAAAAUGGCGGUGACUGUCGUGGUGUGUGCCGUCCCGGUCGUCCUACGGCUCUGGACUCGUUUCAGCCUCUCCCUGCUCGACAUUGUAAAGUCCUUGUCCAGGAGCAGUGUGGUCAAGCUCAUUCUCGUUUGGAUCUCGGCCGUUAUCCUCUUCACGUGGAUGUACGUGUACCGCUCGGAGGGCAUGAACGUUUACAACUCAACGCUCACUUGGCAGCAGUAUAGCUUUAUGUGCGGCCCCCGGGCCUGGAAGGAGUCUAACAUGGCCAAGACGCAGAUCCUUUGUAGCCACCUGGAGGGCCACCGCGUCACCUGGAUGGGACGCUUCAAGUAUGUGCGGGUCACCGAGAUAGAGAACGGCCCCCAGUCCGUCAUCAACCUGCUGCCUGUUUUUGUGGGCAACUGGAUGCGUUGCCUCUACGGAGAAGCGUACCCUAAGUGUGACCCGCAGAACACUACCCUGGAGGAGGAUGAGCUCUGCCGCCUCAAGUUCCUCGCCAAGCACGACUGUCACGUGAAGCGCUUUGACCGCUACAAGUUUGAGGUGACCGUGGGCAUGCCCUUGGACAGGAAAGGGCGCAACGGGACACUGGAGGACGAUGAUGCCACCAAGGACAUUGUCCUCAAGGCCAGCAGUGAGUUCAAGCACAUCCUGCUGAACCUGGGUGUGGGCAGCAUAGUGGAAUUCAGCACGGUGCUGGAAGGGCGGCUGGGGAGCAAGUGGCCUGUGUUCGAGCUCAAGGCCAUCCACUGCCUCAACUGCGCCUCCAGGCUCAUGCCAGCAGGCAAACAGUACAAGAUCGAGACAGACUGGAGGGCCACAGCACGCCACGCCUUCAAGUUUGCCUUCGACUUUUUCUUCACCCCCUUGUUGUCAGCGAGGAUGGCGUAGCGAGUGCACGGCGGUGCCGUGGGCGACGGCCGGUGUUGAAUGCGGUCGGUUGCGCCAACGUGUGCACGACGUGCCAGCUGUGCUCGCGCGUGAGUUCCAACGCGUGGCGCUCCUGUGACGGCCUCACGUGUCCUUUCCACUACAGCAAUGCAGUACAAAGUGUGUAAACAUAUAUGAGUGUGUGUAUUCCGUGUAUUCCUAGACUGUUGAGCUGUAAGUACAGACAGCGUGUUUGUCGUCGUACGCGAUUCUGUGCCAUUAGUGGCACCUGCUCUGCCAAAGAUGAUGUGACAGCAGCCUGAUCUACACGGUUCUGGUCCUCGUACACUUUGUGCGGGAUGCGGGACUCCAAAAGCCUUUCACAGCUGUUCCGAGCACCUUCUGCCCAUGCCGAUGAGGUCCCCUGCGGACAAAGAGGCGUCGCUUCCAGGGCUUUCGUUUUGCUAACAAAUGAGGAUGUUCAUUGUCAGAGGGCACUUGGAAAUGCUCUUUGUCACAUGUUCUGCAUGACACACGAUUGCAGAGGAUCCUCCAAUCGCGUAGCUUUGCUUUCACUGCUUCCUUCUUACGUCGAAGACGACGAGCCGUGACGACACACGAAUCGCUCUGUUUGCCCCCAUCAUUGCACUGCACUUGACAUUUCACUCUUCUGAUUACUUUAGGUCCCCCGACCUCUCCCCGACGCUGGCCUUCGUUUCAGACGUCCGACUUGCUCGGUCUUGACCCGGAUUUUUCGGCAGAUCGUUGUACGGUCCAAAUGAUAUCACAGCAAACACGUUGCUUGAAAUGAGUAACUGAAGACGAGCGCAAUAAUAUUCAUCAUUUCAGUUAUGAUAGUCUCUGAAGAAAGCAAUAGUAGAGCACUUAUAAAUCGAAAAUGAACGAAGGGCACAUUCUGUGGUGUGGUGAGACCUCGGCCUGAGUCCUGCUCCAAGUCAAGAGGUUGUCAGCUCAGCCCGGACUAAUUCUAAUUAAAUAAUUGUUUAACCCAAAAAUGAAUAUGUCAAAAAUAAAGCCUUAAUUCCUGUUUCGUAACACUUGAAGUGUGCAGAUUUCAACGUUUCAAAGGAAAAAGGUAUGAAUUUCAGGAAUGUGACUAAAUGUGUUAUUUUGAACUUCUGGACCAUGGGGCCGUGCAGUACUGAGAACGCUUGUUGGGUGAGGUGUGUGCAGUUUUUGGAAAAAUAAAAGUUACCAUUGAAUG